GAUCCGACUGUCGAGAUGCCGCAGGCGCAGGCGAGGUCGGUCCUGCCGGUCGUGCUCCUCGGCUGCGGCGGCGUCGGCCGCCACCUCCUCCGCCACAUCGUCUCCUGCCGCCCGCUCCACGCCAACCAGGGCGUCGCCAUCCGGGUGGUGGGCGUCGCGGACAGCUCCUCCCUGCUCGUCGCCGACGACGUCCGCGCCAGCGGCCUCGAUGACGCGCUCCUCAGCGACCUCUGCGCCGCCAAGUCCGCCGGCUCGCCCCUGUCGUCCCUGCUCUCUCGCGGGCAUUGUCAGGUGUUCAACAAGCCAGAGGCCAUGGGGAAAGUCAUCGACGCCGCUACCAUGCUUGGGAGGACCACAGGUCUGGUGCUAGUUGAUUGUUCUGCAACGAAUGAUACGGUUGCUCUGCUGACGGAUGCCGUGAGCCAUGGAUGCUGCGUUGUAUUGGCUAACAAGAAACCUCUUACAUGUGCCUAUGAGGAUUAUGAAAAGUUGACCUCCCACUUCCGUCAGAUAAGAUUUGAAUCUACUGUAGGAGCAGGUUUGCCUGUAAUAGCUUCUGUGACCCGCAUUAUUGCAUCUGGAGAUCCAAUUUCUCGAAUUGUUGGCAGCCUUAGUGGUACGCUUGGCUACGUGAUGAGUGAGCUGGAGGAUGGAAAAAGAUUUAGUGAAGUUGUGAAAACUGCCAAGUCUCUUGGUUAUACAGAACCUGAUCCACGUGAUGAUCUCAGUGGGAUGGAUGUGGCUAGAAAGGCACUGAUCCUAGCUAGGCUUCUCGGGCAACAGAUCAGCAUGGAGAAUAUCAAUGUUGAGAGUUUAUAUCCAAGUGAGUUAGGAUCCGAGGUUAUGUCCACAACGGACUUCCUUGAAAGUGGAUUGGCACAACUUGAUGAGAAGAUUGAAGAAAGAGUGAAGGCAGCAUCAUUGAGAGGAAAUGUUCUUCGAUAUGUAUGUGUCAUUGGAGACACAGGGUGCCAAGUGGGCCUUCAAGAGGUGCCAAAAGAUUCUGCAUUGGGGAGAUUGAGGGGAAGUGACAAUGUGGUGGAGAUAUAUAGCAGAUGCUAUGAGAGCUCCCCGCUGGUGAUCCAGGGUGCAGGAGCCGGGAACGACACCACCGCCGCAGGAGUUCUUGCUGAUAUAAUUGAUCUACAGGAUCUUUUCCGGUUGGCUUAGGCCUUUGACUGAGGUUGUAUGAAAAUUUUGAUGUCCAUUGGGCUCCUGUGUUGCUUGGACAAAUCUUGAGUGGUCAUGGUUAUAUGGUGUUGUGCACUUGGACUGCAUUGUGAGAUUGUGGGUGUAUCUUUUGAAAUGGGAAGUUCUGUUUUUAUCUUCUGUGAAA